AUGGCGAUGUCCGGUUUCUCUACCACGGCGGUGACGUCCAGCUGUGACGACAUCUCCCAUCGGUCCCUUUCAACGUCUGCGGAGCUUGAUACCCUUCUCAAAGGCAUCGAUCCAGGAAGCAUAGCUGCUCAGCACCUGAUUUCGCUGUCUGCGAAGCUCGACCAGUUCAAGCAGACCACGGAGCAGCUGCGGCAAUCGCUGACAGAUGCCUCGGCCAUGUCGCCGGGGCUCCGAAAUGCCAUGUCCAUCUCCAUUCAGCCAUGCGCCGAUGGUGCAGCGAUCGUCGACAAGCAGAUUCGGAGACUUGAUCCGGGGAACGUAAUCGGUAUCAACCCAGAUGUCGUUAUCCAGUAUGAGAACUAUCACACGGCGAACACUCGCCUGUUUACCCAGUUCAUCCAGGUGCUUCUUAUACCUACCGUGAACGAGCAAGACUCUCAGCUCUCGGCCCCCGACGGCCACCGACUGUUGGAGAACGCCGUGGAAGCUUCUCAAAUUGUUCUCACCCGAAGUGACAUACUUGACAACUCUGGUGAAGCAGGCCAGUCGGUGACGGAUGCAGGAAUGCCUGAUGAGGAGGUUGUUAGCGUACAAGCAACCGAGCUGCCCCCAGACUACGGCUCUGGGAAGCCAGAUAAGGGGAAGAAGAAAGCCGCUGGCCACUUCUUGUCUUCGCUGUCAAACUCUUUUAAAGCAAUGACUGCCGGUCUGCGACCGAAGCCUGAGCCGAUGGUCAUUGCCAUAUGUCAAGCUGCCAAAGACGGUGACAUGGGACACCUCAAAGGUUUCGUUUCGCAAGGUGUCAACAUCAACGGCCAGAACGAUGAGGGAUACACACCACUUAUCUGUGCAAUUCGCGCCAAUCAUCUAACAGCAGUCAAAUUUCUAAUCUCGGCCGGGGCUGAUAAGUCCUCGAAAGAUUCGGCCAGCGGCAAGCGCAAGCCGCCCCUAUUCCACGCGGCUGAGUGCGGACUUGUACCUAUUGCAGAGUAUCUCAUCAGCCAAGGCGCAGACAUGAAGGAGCGAUCUUGGUCGGGUCAGGCCUUCUUCAUCGAGGUUGCCAACAGCGACCAACUAGACAUCAUCAGACUGUUUCUGUCUCGUGGCUGCGAUGCCAACAUGAUGGCCAUUAGUGGUCGGAGCAUCUUUGUCCAUGCCGUUCAGAAAGGAAGCCUUGCUCACAUGAAGCUUCUCCAAGAAUACGGUGCUGAUGUCAAUGCCCGAGACAUUACGGGUCAACCAAGCUUGCACAUGGCGUUAGGUCAGAACCGUCUAGACAUUGUUGCAUGGCUUCUCGAGCACGGCGCCAACCCAAACGUUACCAACAUAACCGGCGACACAAUGAUCGUAUCGGCACUUCACAAGAAGAACUACGAGUUGGUAAAGAUCCUCCUCACUCGGGGUGCCGAUCCGAACGCAACGGGUCUGAUGGGGAAAGGCAUCCUAUGGACCAUGUUGCAGAGUAAGGACAUGGAAGACGGCAUCAAGGCAGAUCUUGUUAGCGCCCUGCUUGAUCGAGGGGCCGACCCGAACCAGACCGAUAACUGGGGAGAAUCCAUCAUGUCUCUGGUUGUGACGCUCGGCAACACGGACUUACUUCGCACGUUCUUGGCUCACGGCGGAAAUCCGAACAAGAAAAUCAAGGACGACACAUUUCUUCUUUACGCCAUCGAUCGGGGUCGAUUCGAACACGUCAAGAUGCUACUCAAACAUGGCGCUGACGUCAACGGAGCGGAUAAUAAGGGUAGAGUACCGCUCUUGGAGGCUCUGCAAAUGGACAAUCAGCCAUUGGUGGAGGUGUUACUCCAGUUUGGUGCUGAUCCAAACAAAAUGGGACAGAUCAGGCCGUUGGUGUUGGCGAAGCUCGUGGGGAACAGGGAGGUCGUCCAGAUGUUGACCGAGAGGGGAGCUGAAGGCCCAAAGAAACGCGUGGCUGAGAGCACUCCAGCGGCUCCGGCAUCACCAGUAGCUCCCAGAAGAGCGAGCGCCAUAGUACCACCGCAAAGCCCAACAUCGCCAGGAAGAGCCGAUAUGCCACCACCAUACACCGAAGCAGGUGUUUCGAAAGACCCUGCCGUGGUUGGUAGGCGCCGUUAG